UUCUGAGAUGUUUAAAAAGCGGAGAAAUGCACUCACGCUUUCAUUCCGUGCUUGACAAGCACAAGGAGAAGACACUUCUACAAGCUUAAAUCGCCAGAGCCUACUACUUUCAGUGCAGAAUGCAGACACUCUGUGUAUUCUUGAUCCUGGCCAUUUGCGGCUCAGCACUGGGUAGCUUCCUGCAGAAGCAGCAGACAGAUUUUGGACUGCGGGUAUUCUCAGAAGCUUCCCGUUCCCAACCAGGCAAAAACCUUGCCAUGUCACCUUAUGGCAUCUCCUCAGUGAUGGGUAUGGUCCAGCUGGGAGCUUACGGCAGCACACUGAAGACACUCCAAGCCCACAUGGGCUACUCUCUGCAAGAACGUGGAAUGCCGCGACAGCAGAGGAUUCUCCAGAGGGACCUGGACAGUGAACACGGAGUGGAGGUGGCUAGUGGAGUAAUGGUGGACAGAAAGGUGAUCCUGGAAAAACACUUCAGACGGAGCCUUUCUAAAGCAUUUCAGAGCGUCCCUCACCAGGUGGACUUUAGCCAGCCAGAGAUUACCCAGCAGGUCAUCAACUCCUGGGUGUCGGACAGAACUGGAGCCAUGAUCCCAAACUUCCUGCAGUCUGGAGUGCUGAGCAAGCAGACGCGUUUGGUGCUGUUAAAUGCUCUGCACUUUCAUGGGCUCUGGAAGACACCCUUCGACCCCAAGCUGACCAUGGAGAUGCUCUUCUAUGGUGCUAACGGCAGCGUAGUGCCAGUGCCAAUGAUGAGAACAACCCAGAAAUUCAACUAUGGAGAGUUUGUUACAGAGGAAGGUGUUGAUUACGAUGUAAUUGAGGUGCCGUAUGAAGGGGACUCACUAAGUAUGCUCCUGGUAUCAUCAUUUGACAGAGACGUGCCAGUGUCCAAUCUGAUCAAAGAGCUUAGUAGCAGCAAAGUCCAGGAGUGGACAAAGCAACUAAAGAAGGUUAACCGUCAACUGGUGCUUCCCAGGUUUUCCAUUGAUUCAGAGGUAGAUCUGAAGUCCACACUGAGCACACUGGGUCUCGGAGACAUCUUUAAUCAGGCCAAAGCUGAUUUCUCCCGCAUCACUACUGAAGAACCAUUAUGCGUAUCUGAUAUUCUACAAAGAGUUAAGAUCGAAGUGAAUGAAGAGGGAACCCAAGGCUCCUCUGCCACAGCUGCUAUCAUCUACUCUCGUAUGGCUGUAGAGGAGCACAUUCUGGACCGUCCAUUCCUCUUCCUCAUCCAACACAAGCCAACAGAUUCGGUGCUAUUCAUGGGUCAAAUCAACCAGCCUCAGAGUCACUAGCAAACCAGUUCUUUGUCUGAAUUCAGACAAGAAGCACAAAGACUAAGAACUUUAUCAAUGCACUGAUAAUGUCCACUGUCAGACAAUUUACUACUGAAAUAUGCAGGUUUGGGGACAAGAUAGAGAAGAGAGAACCAGAAAGUAUACUUUGGAAUCUAAACCUCAAACAUAUCAAUAUGCAGAAGCUUGCCUACAUUUAAGAUAUCUGUUCAGGUGGAACGUCUUAUGUCAUAUGAAAUGGAUUGAUUACUGGAAAUCAUAUAUCAAUAAGGAAUGUAAAAACCAGUGUGUGUGCUGAAGAAACCAUAAAUGAUUUUAAAAGACUGAUUAAGAUGAAGGAAUACAUCACUGUAGGUCAAAAGCCUGCAAAUGUCACUGUAAUUUGGGAUUAAGGAUACAUUUUAAUGCAAGCAGAUUUAAAAUGCUUUUAAAAAGCCAUAAUCCCUGCAGUUCAUUCUAAAAGAACUUGAAGCUUAAAUGAAAAUAAUUUCUGAACCAUU